AUGUCACGGUGCGGUUCUUGUGAGACUUCUGUGCAAAGAAAGCAAUCAGUGUUUUGCAGUAGGCCGUGUAAAAAAUGCUUCCACGCUGGUUGUGUGGAUGUACCCAGUGAGUUACCUACGCAUCUGCUCGCCGUUCAGGGAUUGAGAUGGUAUUGCUCUAUUUGCAGAACCAUUGAAAAUAAGUUCGAUGACAAGAAAUUGCAAGAUAUCUUCGACAAACGGUGUGCUGCUUUGUUCGAAGAUUUCUCAGUUAAAUUUGAAUCUCUAAAGACUGAAUUUCUCAAUUCUGCUUUGGAAAAAAUUUCCGACUUCCCCACUACUUCUGAAGAAAAUAAUGCCUCAACUACACCAACAUUUGCUGAAAAGGUGAUUCAUGGACCAAAGCAAAAAAUAAUUGUGAAGCCCAAAAAUCCGCAGGAAACUUCCCGUACCAAACAAGACCUUCUUACUUCCGUUAAUCCAGUUGAUCAUGUCAUUAAAUUCGAGGAAGUAAGGCAUAUAAAAGAUGGUGGAAUGUUAUUCCAAUGCAGCCAAUCUGCCGAAGCAUCCAAGCUGGAAAAAGUUAUGCAUGAAAAACUGUCUUAUAACUAUAAUGUGCAUAUCCUGAAAAGUCUGCAUCCUCAAAUCAGAGUUGUUGGUUAUACGGAGAACCUUGAUGAAGAAAGUUUACUACAGUACAUACUGAAGCAAAAUGAUACAAUUUUCGGAACAAAUUCUGAUUGUAAAGUUGUUCGCACUGGAGCAACCAAUAAGAACAAAGCAAUUUUGCAAGCUACAUUGCAGGUAGAUAUGUCAUCCUAUAAAAAACUGAUCAAUCAAGGUCACAUUCUCAUUGGAUUUGAUAGUUGUUCGGUAUUCGAUGCUACACAUGUUCCUCGUUGUUUCAAAUGUAACUCAUUCUUUCAUAACUCAAAAUCUUGUAGAAAUGAAAUUUGUUGUGCGCACACGACCUGA